UUGUCCCAACAAGCAUCAUGCCUCCCAAAACUUCCGGAAAGGCUGCCAAGAAGGCCGGUAAGGCCCAAAAGUCUAUCACCAAGGGUGAUAAGAAGAAGAAGCGCAGGAGGAAGGAGAGCUACAGCAUCUACAUCUACAAGGUGCUCAAGCAGGUCCACCCUGAUACCGGUAUCUCCUCCAAGGCCAUGUCUAUCAUGAACUCUUUCGUGAAUGACAUUUUUGAGCGCAUUGCAGCUGAGGCUUCCCGCCUUGCACACUACAACAAGCGUUCCACCAUCACCAGCCGGGAGAUUCAGACCGCUGUCAGGUUGUUGCUC